AUGGCAUCAAACAGUGCACCAGAGCUAGCAUAUGAUGAGGGAAAUUAUAUAACAUGCUCGGCGUGUAAAGAACAAGAUAAAAAUACAGCAGCUGACAACUAUUGCGUUGAUUGUCAGGACUGCUACUGUUCCGAAUGUUUGAAACUGCACGAAACACUUCCUGCUUUGAAGAGCCACAAACUCCUUGAUACAGAUGAUGACAAAAUAUGUCAGCUUAAAAUGAUACCAACUAAAAAGUGUGAAAAACAUAAUUACAAAGCCGUUGACAUGUUUUGCAAGAAUCAUGAUGAGGUCGGGUGUGCAACUUGUAUGGCCACGGAUCACAGGACCUGCAAAGAUGUGCUCUACAUUCCAGAAAUGAUUAGGACGAGUCCAGAUAAAGAAUGUCAGGAAAGUAUUGCUGCUUUAGAAAAGCAAUUUUACGAGCUCCUCGACAGAUUCAAGAAAGAAGAUUCAGAUCUAGAGACAAAUAAACAAACGGAAAUAGACAAGAUUAAUUCAUAUGCAAAAGAGAUUGAAAAUAAAAUCAAACAAGCUGCUGAAGACGCUAGCUCUCAAGUUGAAAAACGGUAUCAGAAACUCAAAUCAUCGGUGAAAGAGAAUACUGUGGCAAUUAAGGAAAAGUUUGACGAUUUCGAAGUUAUUAAAGAAUGCAUUGGAGCAACAACGCAAAACAAGUCACAAGCAUUUGUGUCUUUUAAACUAAACAAAGGUAAAAUUGCUGCAAGCAAACAGGCGUGUGAAGAAUUUUCACAUAUUGAACUAGGCCAAAGAGUUCAAUUCACACUAGAUCCCAAUUACAAAAUACUAAUUGGGAACCUGAUUAUAUUAGGAAAUGUUCGAAUACAGCCAUAUAGCUUUGUGCACAAAGGUAGCUUUGACAUACGCUUGCCAUCAGACAAAUUUAGCAUUGAUAUACACGGAUCUUGCAUUCUAUCAAACGGUUCAAUCAUUUUGGCAGAUAAUAAAAACAAUAACAUUAAAAUGGUUGACGAUAAGAGUCGCUAAAAGUUGUUGAUCAACAUAUAUUUCAGUCUACAUCCACCGACGUUUGCUCCAUAGAUAGAAAAGAGAUCGCAGUAUGUUUACCACAUGAGAACAAAGUUUCAGUUUUUAUUGUGAAUGAUAAAUUUUCUCCAAAAUUUGAUAUUGGAGUGAAUUUUAUUUGCACAGGAAUAUUCUAUCAAGAUAACCUUUUGUAUAUUUCUGGCGGAACAUGUGUACGCUUAGUCGAUUUUACUGGCAAACUGUUAAACUCAAUUGCAGAACAGUGUACAAAGGAUAUAAAAAUUUCAAGGCUUCACGAUAUAAUCGUAAGUGAUAAAAGCAAAAAUAUACUUGCUUGUGAUAACACCAGCAACAGUAAAGGUGUCAUCUGUUUUGAUAAAGAUGGGGAGAUUCUAAAUAGAGUUACAGAAGAGAUAGUUUGGCCACAUGGCUUAGCAGAUGCUGGACACGGCAAACUGUUUGCAUGCGGAUAUUCGUCUAAAAAUGUUAUACUUUUGAAUGAUAGAGGUGAAUUUGAAAAGGUUGUUAUUACCAAUUUGUCAGGUCCCCAAGCUUUGUGUUUUGAUAUCAAAAUAGGACGUUUGUAUGUUCCGAACAAUGGAAAAGAUAAAGUAGAGAUAUAUGAAACUGAAUGAAUAUUCAAAAUGUGAAGGGGAUAUCAAACAAAUGAAAUGAAAUAAUCUAGAAACAACUGAAUUUCAAAUGUGCAGACCAUAAACUGUUCUUAAAAAACUAAAUACCUUUGCCCCAUCCUGCAACAUAUAUACAGUGCGGAAUCCAUAAUAACAUGA